AUGGCCUCCCCUUGCGUCGCCCGCACCGCGCGAUGCCUGUCCGCCUCAGCCCGCCGCCCAAUCGCCCGCCAGACAGCGCCAGCCUCGUCCUCCUGGAGAGCAAACACCACCACCCCUACUAGCAGAGCAUACCACUCGCACGAGCACCCGCCGUCGCCGCCCUUUGGCCCCGUCGACCGCGCCAUCCUGGCCGCCGCCUACAGGCACGUCCCCGAGCACGGCUUCUCCCUGCGCGCCAUCGGCCUCGGCGCCCGCGACGCCGGAUACCCCGACAUCAGCGCCAGCGUCCUGCCCGACGGCCAGUUCAGCCUCAUCCGCUACCACCUCGUCGCCCAGCGCGAGAGGCUGGCCGACAGGAGCCGCGAGCUGCUCAGCGACGAGGCGCCGCUCUCGGCGGCCGGCGUCGGCGAAAAGGUCGCUGCCCUGACGUGGGAGCGGCUGAUGGGCAACAAAGACGUCAUACACAGGUGGCAGGAGGCCCUGGCUGUCAUGGCCCAGCCCAGCUAUCUGCCCAAGUCCCUGGCCGAGCUGGCCGCUCUGUCCGACGACAUCUGGUUCCUGGCGGGCGACAAGGCCGUCGAUCCGUCGUGGUACACCAAGCGGGCGGCCCUCUCCAUGGUGUACAGCUCAAGCGAGCUGUUCAUGACCAACGACAGAUCGCCGUCCUUCCUCGAGACAAGACAGUUCCUGCACCGAAGGCUGGGCGAGGUCCAGUCUGUCGGGGGCACCAUUGGAUCCGUAGGGCAAUGGGUUGGAUUCACGCUCAGCGCUGGCGUAAAUGUCUUGAGAAGCAAGGGCGUUCCUAUCUGA